GUUGCAGCUGCUCUCGGGUUACACUGCACCUUCUAAUGCGUUUUGGGAAAUGAAGGUGUGUAGCAACAGAGGUAGAGACUGGCUCCGACCUCCUCUGGUCCCUCCAGAGAUUCCCUCUGUGAACUUCUGCUCUGAAAAAUCUGCCAUCGGGAAUGACUGGCAUCCUGGCCAGCUCACAUACUUCAGACAAGCUGUGUAUGUUAUUUAUGAAGUCAGGGCUGCUGAGAGGGAGGGACCUUCAGGAGUUGUUGAGCAAGCGAGCCACCAAAACAGAAGUUGUGAAGUAAGAAGGAGGGACGAACGGGCAAGCACAAACAGCUAGGAUUACAGAGCGAGAGUACCUGUUCGCCGAGAAUAGUGGAACUGUGUUUUGCCCUCCCUGCCGCGGGCCCCGUGACAGGCAGAGGACGGGGCACACGGGACUUGGGGGUACAGGGCAAGAUUAUGGGACAAGGAGCAAGUACUCAGACUUUAAACCCAAAUCAUGCCUACAUAACAGAUGAUGAAGUCGAUCAUAGUAUGCCAGAGAGUGAUGGAGCACAUCCAGGAGCAGGAACCCCUUCAGCAAAGGGCAAGGGCAAGUUCUCCAACCUGGGCAAGAUCUUCAAACCCUGGAAGUGGAGAAAGAAGAGAAGCAGUGAAAAGUUCAAGGAAACAUCAGAAGUGCUGGAGAGGAAGAUUUCGAUGAGGAAACCCAGGGAGGAGCUGAUAGAGCGAGGGUUACUGAAAGACAUCCCAGAGAAUGAGAGUAAUGACGUGAAUCAUAAAGCCCCUCCAGUAAAGAAUGGCCACACUGCUCCACUACCUGGAGAACGCAGGUCAGAUGCAGGAGUGGAAGUCAAGGCACCAUCUUCACGGCCACAGGGAGAAGAACAGAGAAAUAGCCUCGCACCUGAACCGGAGCGCCGCAACAGAGCACCUUCCGAUGUCAGUCGCAACCGUCAGCCGCUGGAUGUGGACGCUCGAACACGGUUACCGCCUGAAACAGACCGUCGCAGCCGACUAGAGUCAGACUUGGAAAAACGUGCAGGAUCAUUACCAAGAGAGAGACCAGGACAGGAGGAGGGACGAUAUCGGCGGGACGAACGAGACGAGAAAACGAACAGGGACAGAGAACGACGGGAUAGAAAAGACGACAGGGAAGUAAAGGCUGAACGUAGAGAUGAUAGAGACAGACGAGAUAGGAAGCCGGAUAAAGAGGACUGGCAUGGAAGAGGUGAGCGAGAUGAACGUGAGAAAGAGAGGAGGAAUGACAGAGAAAAGCGGGAAGAGAAAGACUGGAGAGAAAGCAAGGACAGGAAACAGCCACGAGACAGGAAAGAAGAUCACGAAAGGCGGGAUGAGCCAGAGAGGGGAGACAAUCGAGAACGAAAGGAGCUGAAUGAAAGGAAGGAAGAUAGGGAAAGAAGAGAGGAACGGGAUAGACGUGAGGAAAGAGAAAGAAAAGAUGAGAGAGAAAGGAAAGAUGUCAGGAGACCAGAACCUAUGAAACAGGUGUCUGAUGGGAAACUAAUCCGGCCUCAUUCAGAACAGGACAUGCGGCCCAUUCUUCAGAAGAGCUCGUCUGACAUCGGACUGAAGGCCCGGCCAGUAUCGGAGGCCGUCCAGAGCAGCACACUACCACGAUACUCACCUGCAGAGGAAGAAUCAAGGGCACGAACAGGAUCACUGGGUGUGCGGUUUGUUCCUGAGCCCAAACCUGUGUGUACCUCCACUAAAGAGUCACAGCCACCCCCAAAACAGGCCAUUCUCCCUCCCAAAUGGCUGAUGGCUUCUUCCUCCUCCACAGAGCUUCCUCCAGUCCCAUCCUCAUCCCCCUCCUCUUCGUCAUCAUCGUCAUCUUCAACAUCAUCCUCAUCCUCUGCUCCACCCAUUGCUAAGCCUCCUCCUCGGACUGUAUCUUUAAAUGUAGACGACUCCUCCCGCACUAAUCCCAUUCCCCCUGUAACAGCAGGAGACCGUGAAGUCCCGCCCACUGUUCCCACCCACUCCACCCCACCCACCAUUCCUGCCCACUCCACCCCGCCCAGCAUUCCUGCCCACUCCACCCAACCCGCCAUUCCUGCCCACUCCACCCAGCCCGCCAUUCCUGCCCACUCCACCCCUCCAGCCCCUACUGCCCCUAAACAGCCGCCAGUGCCCCCUCCCAAACCUGCCCAUCAUAACAGCAACACUGCACUGCAAGCGUCAACAUUACAAAGAUAUUACAAAGCUCCUCCUCCUCAGUACUGGACAAGUUGGAGACAGCAGGGAGAGUUUGGAGUCUAUCUUUCCCUGCCCACCUACCUCAGCCAAAGGGUCACUCAGCUCCGCCCAGUGGAUCCCUCUCAAGUCCCAGUUACAGUCAAGCGAUCUCCUCCCGUUCCCCCAAAGAGGAUGACUCCUGUGACCAAACGCCACUCGGACGACUCCUCGGCCAAUCAGCCUGAGCCUCCUCCCCCUGGCCCUACCUCCGUCCCAGCCCCUGCGUCUGCCCCGCCGCCUAUCCAAUCAGAUGACAGCAAAAACUCAAACUCUGACGUACUCACUCCUCCACCAACCCAUAUCCCGCCAUCCCCUCCUCACUCCCACCCAAUUCCUGAAGUCCCCCAAGUGGACCCACCCAGCCCCACCACAGAACCACCCUCCCAACCGCCCCUACCUCUGCAUAUCCGCAUCCAGAGAGCCUUGAACAGUCCAGGCCCAGUCCAGCCCAACCCGGAAGGAUCCCAGCGAGCUCACUCACUUCUCUUUGAAUUACCCCCAGACUUUCUCGCUGAGGCUCCAGGAGGGGGGCGAAACUCGCUUCCUGUCACUAUCGAACCUCUGCGUCUGCCUGAGGAUGAUGAUUUUGACAUUGAAGAAGAGCUGCAGAAGCUGCGUCCUGCCCCUCGGCCCACACGACAGCUGGAACUGGAGCCACGCAGCCGACGCGGUCUGGUGGGAGACCCACGAGUCACUGUCAUUCCUGAGGACACAGGACCUGGAAACAGUGAGGACGAGGAGGAGAGUGAUUCUGACGGACCCAUCAAUUACAGAGAUGAUGAUGAGGAAGAUGAUGAUGAGGAGGAUAUUCCCACAAGUGGUCUUGCGAGUCGUGUGAAGCGAAAGGAUACUCUGGCACUAAAGCUGGAGCGUCAGCAGGAGAAAGAGCAGUCUCAGGACCAGGACGACACCACCUGGACCAACAAAGAGCAGUGGGAAGCUCUCCGCAACAAGAUCGGCACCACCCUCACAAGGAGGUUGAGUCAGAGACCCACCGCACAAGAACUUGAGCAGAGAAAUAUCCUACUAGCCAAGAAUGAAGCGGACCGACGGGCAGAAAGGAGCGAAAUCAAGCGCAGGCUGACCAGAAAGUUGUCACAGAGGCCCACGGUAGCUGAGCUCCAGGCCAGAAAAAUCCUGCGCUUCCAUGAGUAUGUGGAGUGCACUCAUGCUCAAGACUAUGACCGACGUGCUGACAAACCCUGGACCAAACUUACACCUGCUGACAAGGCGGCCAUAAGAAAAGAGUUGAAUGAGUAUAAGAGCUCAGAAAUGGAAGUUCAUGAGGACAGCAGGAUAUACACCAGGUUUCAUCGGCCAUAAUCAGCAUCCCUGAAGAGGAAACCCUAGACAGAUAAAAGCUGCCCCUAUAACUGCAGCUAAAAGCCUCCAUCUCACUUCAGCGUCCUGUUUCCCAUGAUCCUCCAGCGUAUACUGAUGAGUACCCAGGCCAGCCGUUCAGUGCUCUAGAAUGAAAAGGAGGAGGAAGUGAUGUGGGUGUGUGCAGGAUGCUGGUACUUGAUACUUCAAACACUUUUGGGGAGCAGAAGUGCCAGCCCUCUGUAGAGUUCCCAUGAUUCCCACGGCCGGACCACUUUGGAGUAUUUCAGGGAAAAGGGGACACAGAACUGUGUGGAUUGGGGGUGUUUUAAUUGUCUUUAUGGUACACACAUUUCUGUGAUCAAGAAUAGGCAUGUGUACCCAAACGAUAAUACUUUUAUAGAAAUUAUGACACUGGUGAUAAACUGUUUUAGUGGUGAGUGAUUGUGAGAGACUGUAUGAGCGUAUGUGUGUUUAAUGAUAUAUGCUGUCCACUUAUGCCUUAACACUGGUACAGAAUUACUUUUUUUUAGCCUGACCUUAGAGUAAUACAGAAGAAAGUCAGCAUAUAACACUGUUUCUCACCCUGAACCCACACUGAUGCGUGUUGAUCUGAAAGCACAUCUUUGACAUUCUCAGGACGUCAGCACACUGUGUCACUUUCUGUGCAUUUUACUGUAAAUUACCAUAAUUUUUACUUUUUCACACACCUUCUUUAAUAUUUUUCUUCUUUUUUUAACAACACAGCACUUCGCUUUAGAUAUUUCAAGGUUAAUCCCAUAACAACUUGCAAUAUUUUACCCAGAAAUCAUAAGAAAAAGACAUUUUUGGCUUGAAGAAAAUUAAGCCACUCUAAACCACUAAGAUUUUUAGCAUUGUGAUAUUAUUUUCAUGACAUUUAGGCUUGUUUUUCCUCCCCCAAAAAUAUUCUUAUUAUAAUGUGUUGGAUUUUUUUUUUUUUUUUUUUAUCAAUGCACAUUCUCAAUGAUAAUUCUUGUUACUGUAAUAGAUUUUUUUUUUAAACUUUAUUAAAGUAAAAUACUGUUAUACAAUACUUUUUCAUACUAGCGUGCAUUAAAAUGAAUUUUAAAAAAUUCCAUACAUUACCAUAAUGAGAAUGAGAUUUUUUUUUUUCUUCCACAAUGCCAAAAAUGUUAAUGAUCUUAAGCUUAAUUUUCUUUAGGCAAAGCUUUUCUCAUUUCUAUUUUGUUUGUUUGAGGAGGGUGUUUUUUUGUUUUGUUUUGUUUUUUUGUAAUGGGGUGAAAUAUGACCUGGACAUGUUGUUGACAGAUUUCACAAGAUUCAGCUGUAGAUGAUGAUAUAGUUCAUUGUACAUUGAACAAUUUAAAACAAAAUGGUUGAUGUUACAUAAUGGAGUCUUUGAAAAAAACAAAUCUUGGUGCAUUUUUGACUGGUACAUGUCACUGCUGGUUUUAUGGUACACUUUGUUUUGUAGGCCACCAGAGGGCCUGUGCACUGUAUAGAGACAUGCUGUAGAUUGAUUGUAUAUCUCGUCUUCCUGUCAUCAAAAAUUUGUUUUAAUUGUAAUUAUAGUAUUACACUAUCCUGUUUUAUAAGGUGCAAACAGUAUGGCUACAGGUUAAGUGAUAUAAUGAUCCGAUACAGAACAGCUGUAUAGUUAAUUUUUUAUGUAAAGAUAUUUUAAAACGGUCUUUCACGUAAUACAUGUACAUUCACUUCACCAUUAAUUAAAACCUAAACUGUGAGUAUCA